AUGAGUGCAAGCUCAGAUGCUGAGAUGGCUAUUUUUGGCGAAGCUGCUCCUUACCUUCGAAAAUCGGAAAAGGAGCGGAUUGAAGCCCAAAACAAGCCCUUUGAUGCUAAAACAUCAGUUUUUGUCACGGAGCCCAAGGAAUCCUAUGUGAAGAGCAUCAUACAAAGCAAGGAAGGGGGGAAAGUAACUGUAAAGACAGAACGUGGAGCAACUCUAACUGUCAGAGAAGACCAAGUCUUCCCCAUGAACCCUCCCAAAUACGACAAGAUCGAGGACAUGGCCAUGAUGACCCACCUGCACGAGCCGGGCGUGCUGUACAACCUCAAAGAGCGUUACGCAGCCUGGAUGAUCUACACCUACUCGGGCCUCUUCUGUGUCACCGUCAACCCCUACAAGUGGCUGCCGGUGUACAACCCCGAGGUGGUGACGGCCUACAGAGGCAAAAAGCGCCAGGAGGCCCCGCCCCACAUCUUCUCCAUCUCCGACAACGCCUAUCAGUUCAUGCUGACUGACCGUGAGAAUCAGUCCAUCCUAAUCACCGGAGAAUCCGGGGCAGGAAAGACUGUGAACACGAAGCGUGUCAUCCAGUACUUUGCAACAAUCGCCGUCACUGGGGAGAAGAAGAAGGAGGAACCUACUUCUGGCAAAAUGCAGGGGACUCUGGAAGAUCAGAUCAUCAGUGCCAACCCCCUGCUCGAGGCCUUUGGCAACGCCAAGACCGUGAGGAAUGACAACUCCUCUCGCUUUGGUAAAUUCAUCAGGAUCCACUUCGGUACCACUGGGAAGCUGGCUUCUGCUGACAUCGAAACAUAUCUUCUAGAAAAGUCUAGAGUUACUUUCCAGUUGAAGGCAGAAAGAAGCUACCAUAUUUUUUAUCAGAUCACUUCCAAUAAGAAGCCAGAUCUGAUUGAAAUGCUCCUGAUCACCACCAACCCAUAUGACUACGCUUUUGUCAGUCAAGGCGAGAUCACUGUCCCCAGCAUUGAUGACCAAGAGGAGCUGAUGGCCACUGAUAGUGCCAUUGAUAUCCUGGGCUUUACUCCUGAGGAGAAAGUAUCCAUCUACAAGCUCACAGGGGCAGUAAUGCAUUAUGGGAACAUGAAAUUCAAGCAAAAGCAACGUGAGGAGCAAGCGGAGCCAGAUGGCACAGAAGUUGCUGACAAGGCUGCCUACCUCCAGAGUCUGAACUCUGCUGACCUGCUCAAAGCCCUCUGCUACCCCAGGGUCAAGGUCGGCAAUGAGUUUGUCACCAAAGGCCAGACUGUCCAGCAGGCAAGUGCAUAACUCUAUGAAUCUCACACCCCAGGCCUUCAGAACACGUCAUUAAAAACUCUAACAGUCAUUACCAUGUCUAAGGUGACCAAUGCGGUGGGUGCUCUGGCCAAAGCCGUCUACGAGAAGAUGUUCCUGUGGAUGGUCACCCGCAUCAACCAGCAGCUGGACACCAAGCAGCCCAGGCAGUACUUCAUCGGCGUCUUGGACAUCGCCGGCUUUGAGAUCUUUGAUUUCAACAGCCUGGAGCAGCUGUGCAUCAACUUCACCAACGAGAAACUGCAACAGUUUUUCAACCACCACAUGUUCGUGCUGGAGCAGGAGGAGUACAAGAAGGAAGGCAUUGAGUGGACGUUCAUCGACUUCGGGAUGGACCUGGCCGCCUGCAUCGAGCUCAUUGAGAAGCCACUGGGCAUCUUCUCCAUCCUGGAGGAGGAGUGCAUGUUCCCCAAGGCCACAGACACCUCCUUCAAGAACAAGCUCUAUGACCAGCACCUGGGCAAGUCGGCCAACUUCCAGAAGCCCAAGGUGCUCAAGGGCAGGGCCGAGGCCCACUUCUCCCUGAUCCACUACGCGGGCACCGUGGACUACAACAUUGCUGGCUGGCUGGACAAGAACAAGGACCCCCUGAAUGACACAGUGGUGGGGCUGUACCAGAAGUCUGCAAUGAAGACUCUGGCCAGUCUCUUUUCUACAUACGCUAGUGCUGAAGCCGACAGCGGCACAAAGAAAGGUGCUAAGAAGAAGGGUUCAUCUUUCCAGACUGUGUCAGCCCUUUUCAGGGAGAACUUAAAUAAACUGAUGACCAAUCUGAGGAGCACUCACCCUCACUUUGUACGGUGUAUCAUUCCCAAUGAAACCAAAACUCCUGGGGCCAUGGAGCAUGAACUCGUCCUGCACCAGCUGAGGUGUAACGGCGUGCUGGAGGGCAUCCGCAUCUGCAGGAAGGGCUUCCCAAGCAGAAUCCUAUACGGGGAUUUUAAACAAAGAUACAAAGUUUUAAAUGCAAGUGCUAUUCCAGAUGGACAGUUCAUCGACAGCAAGAAGGCUUCGGAGAAACUUCUUGCCUCAAUUGAUAUUGACCACACCCAGUACAAAUUUGGACAUACAAAGGUUUUCUUCAAAGCUGGCCUUCUGGGUCUUCUGGAAGAAAUGAGAGAUGAAAAGUUGGCUCAGAUUAUAACAAGAACUCAAGCCGUCUGCAGGGGAUUCCUGAUGAGGGUAGAAUAUCAGAAGAUGCUGCAGAGGAGAGAAGCUCUUUUCUGCAUCCAAUACAACAUCCGAGCCUUCAUGAACGUCAAGCACUGGCCCUGGAUGAAACUCUUCUUCAAGAUCAAGCCUCUGCUCAAGAGCGCAGAGACCGAGAAGGAGAUGGCCACCAUGAAGGAGGAGUUCCAGAAAACCAAGGAUGAACUCGCCAAGUCAGAGGCCAAGAGGAAGGAACUGGAGGAAAAGAUGGUGACUCUCUUGAAAGAGAAAAACGACCUGCAGCUCCAGGUUCAGUCUGAAGCUGAUGCCUUGGCUGAUGCAGAGGAAAGGUGUGAGCAACUGAUUAAAAACAAAAUCCAGCUGGAGGCCAAAAUCAAGGAGGUGACUGAGAGAGCUGAGGAUGAGGAAGAGAUCAAUGCCGACCUGACAGCCAAGAAGAGGAAACUGGAGGAUGAGUGCUCAGAACUGAAGAAAGACAUCGAUGACCUUGAGCUGACACUGGCCAAGGUUGAAAAGGAGAAACAUGCCACAGAGAACAAGGUGAAAAACCUCACGGAAGAGAUGGCAGGCCUGGACGAAACCAUUGCAAAGCUGACCAAGGAGAAGAAGGCCCUCCAGGAGGCCCACCAGCAGACCCUGGAUGACCUGCAGGCAGAAGAGGACAAAGUCAACACCCUGAACAAAGCUAAAGCCAAGCUAGAGCAGCAAGUGGAUGAUCUUGAAGGGUCUCUGGAGCAAGAAAAGAAACUUCGAAUGGAUCUAGAAAGAGCUAAGAGGAAACUGGAGGGUGACCUAAAAUUGGCCCAAGAAUCCAUAAUAGAUAUAGAAAAUGACAAACAACAGCUUGAUGAGAAACUUAAAAAGAAAGAAUUUGAAAUCAGCAAUCUGCUAAGCAAAAUUGACGAUGAGCAGGCGGUAGAAAUUCAACUACAGAAGAAGAUCAAAGAGUUGCAGGCCCGCAUUGAGGAGCUUGAAGAGGAGAUCGAGGCAGAGCGGGCCUCCAGGGCCAAAGCAGAGAAGCAGCGCUCCGACCUCUCCCGGGAACUGGAGGAGAUCAGCGAGAGGCUGGAAGAAGCCGGAGGGGCGACGUCAGCCCAGAUUGAGAUGAACAAGAAGCGCGAGGCUGAGUUCCAGAAGAUGCGCCGGGACCUGGAGGAGGCCACCCUGCAGCAUGAGGCCACGGCAGCUGCUCUUAGGAAGAAGCACGCAGACAGCGUGGCUGAGCUAGGGGAGCAAAUCGACAACCUGCAGAGGGUCAAGCAGAAGCUGGAGAAGGAGAAGAGUGAGCUGAAGAUGGAGAUUGAUGACCUCAGCAGUAAUGCAGAGACCAUUUCCAAAGCCAAGGGAAACCUGGAAAAGAUGUGCCGCACUCUAGAAGAUCAAAUGAGUGAACUUAAGACAAAGGAGGAAGAGCAGCAGCGGCUGAUCAAUGACCUGACAGCUCAAAGAGCACGCCUGCAGACAGAAGCUGGUGAAUAUUCACGACAACUGGAUGAGAAAGAUGCUUUGGUCUCUCAACUUUCAAGGACUAAACAAGCAUCUACUCAGCAGAUUGAGGAGCUAAAACGUCAGCUAGAGGAAGAAACGAAAGCCAAGAAUGCCCUGGCGCACGCCCUGCAGUCCUCCCGCCACGACUGCGACCUGCUGCGGGAACAGUAUGAGGAGGAGCAGGAAGCCAAGGCCGAGCUGCAGAGGGCGCUGUCCAAGGCCAACAGCGAGGUUGCCCAGUGGAGGACCAAGUACGAGACGGACGCCAUCCAGCGCACCGAGGAGCUGGAGGAGGCCAAGAAGAAGCUGGCCCAGCGUCUGCAGGAAGCUGAGGAACAUGUAGAAGCCGUGAACGCCAAGUGCGCCUCCCUUGAGAAGACCAAGCAGCGGCUCCAGAAUGAGGUCGAGGACCUCAUGCUCGAUGUGGAGAGGUCCAAUGCUGCCUGUGCGGCUCUGGAUAAGAAGCAGAGGAAUUUUGACAAGGUCCUAUCAGAAUGGAAACAAAAGUAUGAGGAAACUCAGGCUGAACUUGAGGCCUCCCAGAAGGAGUCUCGUUCACUCAGCACUGAGCUGUUCAAGGUCAAGAAUGCCUACGAGGAAUCCCUGGACCAACUUGAAACGCUAAAGAGGGAAAAUAAGAACUUGCAGCAGGAGAUUUCUGACCUCACGGAGCAGAUUGCAGAGGGAGGGAAGCAAAUCCAUGAAUUGGAAAAAAUAAAGAAGCAACUGGAACAAGAGAAAUGUGAUAUUCAGGCUGCCUUAGAGGAAGCAGAGGCAUCGCUUGAACAUGAAGAGGGAAAGAUCCUGCGCAUCCAGCUGGAGCUGAACCAAGUCAAGGCCGACGUUGAUAGAAAAAUUGCCGAAAAAGAUGAGGAAAUUGAACAGCUGAAGAGGAACCACAUUAGAGUGGUAGAGUCCAUGCAGAGCACGCUGGAUGCUGAGAUCAGGAGCAGGAAUGAUGCCCUGAGAGUCAAGAAGAAGAUGGAAGGAGAUUUGAAUGAAAUGGAAAUCCAGCUGAACCACGCCAACCGCUUGGCAGCAGAGAGCUUGAGGAACUACAGGAACACCCAAGGCAUCCUCAAGGACACCCAGCUCCACCUGGACGACGCUCUCCGAGGCCAGGAGGACCUGAAGGAGCAGCUGGCCAUCGUGGAGCGCAGAGCCAGCCUGCUGCAGGCUGAGGUGGAGGAGCUGCGGGCCACUCUGGAGCAGACGGAGAGGAGCAGGAAAAUUGCAGAACAGGAGCUUCUGGAUGCCAGUGAGCGAGUCCAGCUCCUGCACACCCAGAACACCAGCCUGAUCAACACCAAGAAGAAAUUAGAAAGUGAUAUUUCACAACUCCAGAGUGAAGUGGAAGAAGUAAUCCAAGAGUCACGCAACGCAGAAGAGAAGGCCAAGAAGGCCAUCACUGAUGCAGCCAUGAUGGCCGAGGAGCUGAAGAAGGAGCAGGACACCAGCGCCCACCUGGAGCGGAUGAAGAAGAACCUGGAACAGACGGUGAAGGACCUGCAGCACCGCCUGGAUGAGGCGGAGCAGCUGGCCCUGAAGGGCGGGAAGAAGCAGAUCCAGAAACUGGAGGCCAGAGUACGUGAACUUGAAGGAGAAGUUGAAAGCGAGCAGAAACGUAACGCUGAGGCUGUUAAAGGUUUGCGGAAACAUGAGAGAAGAGUAAAGGAACUCACCUACCAGACUGAGGAAGACCGCAAAAAUAUUCUCAGGCUGCAGGACUUGGUAGAUAAAUUACAGGCGAAGGUGAAAUCAUACAAGAGACAAGCUGAGGAGGCUGAGGAACAAUCCAACGCCAAUCUUGCCAAAAUCCGCAAGCUCCAGCAUGAGCUGGAAGAGGCCGAGGAACGGGCUGACAUUGCUGAGUCCCAGGUCAACAAGCUGCGGGUCAAGAGCCGGGAGAUCCACCCAAAAGUCAGUGCAGAGUGAACAUAUUUGCCUGAUGCUGCCAAGGGGCUACAGAAGGCACAAAAUGUGCUAUUCUGGGUCACUUGC